AUGGCGAAGAUAGUUGCUCAGCUGAGCCGUCUAUUGGACCAAAUGUCUAAAUCAACACUUCAGGAUCAAGUUAGAAAACAUGAUUUAGCAAUUGCAUUGAGGGACCAGUACAUGGAGCUUCCGCGGUCUUCUGGGAACCCUAUAGAUAAGGAAACAUAUGAAGCACUUUUACUCUUUGCAGAUUCUUCCAGUCUUGGGGAUGAUAGCUCAGUAUCGGUCUCUCAAGUUUCAUACGGAGACGACUUCUCAGCGCCGCCAAGGCGGCAAAGAAGAUCAAAGAAAAGUCAAUUUGACAGAGACAGUAUCUUAGUCGAUUGUAUAUUGAGUAAAGAUGUCCAGAAAGGCAUGGAAUUCGUUGUUACCAUGAGAGAAGACAUAUUCCAAUCUCGCAAAAAUUUUAAUUCGUCCCAACGAGAGGGUAUUGGUCAGAACAAAUUCGUGAAUUUGAAGGAACUGGACAAUGACUUGAAACAAUGCUUGCGGGAUUGGUUUUGCCCAAACAUGAUGGAUAUCCGCAGAAUAUCGUAUGAUAACUCAGCGCCAUCGGUGAUAGAGAGCAUCGUGCAAAAAGAGGCUGUCCACCCGAUUCAAAACCCCGAGGAUUUGCAUGAUAGACUGGGACAAGGAAAACGAGUUUUCGCUCUUUUUUCCCCUCUGCUUCCGGAUAAACCUUUGGUUUUCUGCCAUGUUGCACUCACUGAUGAAAUUCCGUGUACUCUCGAACACGCUGCAGCAAGUUCGCAAGAAGACGAUCCAAAGGUAGCCACCUUCUACUCAAUCACAAACGGCGAACCAGGUUUGAUUGGAUUGCAACUGGGAUUAGGGUUGUUAAAACUGGGUAUGCGGGCGCUGCAAAGUAGUUUUCCAUCGAUCAAUGAGUUUGUUACUCUGUCACCUAUCCCGCAGUUUAAGGCGUGGGUUGAGUCGCAUAUCAAAAAUACUUUUGACGAAAACUCUGAAGCUUAUCCCCGAAGUGCUCCACGCUCAACAAAGGUGUUUGAUAAUGAAGUUGGCUGUGAGCUAAUGCAUAUGUGCCAACUACUCGGCGAAGACGACCCCAGAAGUGAUACCUUUCUGGCCAAGUUGGAAGCGGCAAUGCAAUCUGACUUUGGCACAAACGAAACACAACGCGCGGCAGAACACCUGCUCUUCAAGUUGGCCUGUCAGUAUUUGCUUCAAGAGCGGGAUGGAAGAGUGCCGAAGUGUAGGGUAGCGCGUUUCCAUAUUGGGAAUGGGGCCGAAGUUUUUCGGAUAAACUCAAAGGCUGACUUGUCACGGAGAGGAAUGAAUCAAUCAUAUGGGUUCAUGGUAAACUAUCGAUACGACAUCAGUAACGUUGUGUAG